UCAGUUGAACAUGGCGUUGAGUUAGAGAGCUGUCACCUGGUCGACAGAGCUAUAUAUAUAUAUAUAUAUAUAUAUAUAUAUAUAUAUAUAUAUAUAUAAAUAAAAAAACACCAGCGACCCUGCGAAAGCCUGCGACGGAUUCACAUCUGACCGCCGACGCCGUGCGGCCCGACAACAUUCCUCUCUCGCAAGUGCAUCCUCCUCCGCCGCUAACUGGGACUCUGCGUAGUCCGCGGAAGAGGGGCGGCGCGGCCGGCUCGACAGCUGACGUCCACGCGAAUUGCUUUUUUUUUUCCGCCACGAAAUGCGUGACAACCAUUUGAGCUAACCGACGUCGACUUGCGCGGUGGGAGCUCGCCCACGACCCCCGCCGAGCCUCCGCCACCCGGGGCUGACUCCACCGCCCCCUCCGCGCGCCGGAGCUUCUCAGCCAGUCGACGACGACGCGCCAUGGAUUCCGCCAACCGUCGCUCCGUGUUCCGCUCGUGAAGACGCACGGCUCGGUUCACCUCCGAAACCGCGUCGGCCGGGUUCCCUCGUUCUUCUUCUUCUUCUUUUUUGGGGGGGGGGGGAAACACACUCGGCGCGCGAAGCGUUCGCCGCGACAUGUCAGACAACCAGAGCUGGAACUCGUCCGGUUCCGAGGAAGACCUGGAGCCCAGAGAGGAGCCCGCGCAUCCCGUCGGCAUCGGCGAGUUCAGCGGUGUCCUCAGCAAGUGGACAAACUACAUCCAUGGCUGGCAGGACCGUUGGGUGGUUCUGAAAAACAACACGCUGAGCUACUACAAGGCUCAGGAUGAGACCGAGUAUGGCUGUCGAGGUUCCCUCUGCCUCAGUAAAGCUGUUAUUACCCCGCAUGAGUUCGACGAGUGCCGGCUGGACAUCAGCGUGAACGACAGCGUGUGGUACAUGCGAGCACAGGACCCAGAGCACAGACACCAGUGGAUCGACUCCAUUGAGCUGCACAGGAGUAUCAGAGAGGGGAGGAGAGAGAGGGCAGGAGUCCAGGGAACAAUAAUCAUCCCUCCACCACUGGUGCGUUUGUUGGCUGAUUCUGGUUAUGGCUCCGAGUGCAGUCUGCGGAGACAUGGCUCCAUGCUGUCGCUCACAUCAGCCACAAGCGGCUACUCUGCCACCUCCACGUCCUCCUUCAAGAAGGGCCACAGCCUGAAGGAGAAGCUGGCGGAGAUGGAGACCUUCAGAGAUAUUUUGUGCAGGCAGGUGGACACACUUCAGAAAUACUUUGACAGCUGCUCAGAUGCCGUGUCCAAGGAUGAGCUGCAAAGAGACAAAAUCGUGGAGGACGAUGAAGACGAUUUCCCCAACACCCGGACAGAUGGAGAGUUUCUGCACAACAACAAUGGCAGCAAAGAAAAAUUGUUCCAGUCCUUGAGUCCCAAGGGAAUCAACGGCAUCGACUUUAAGGGUGAAGCCAUCACGUUCAAGGCCACCACAGCCGGGAUCCUGGCCACUCUGUCCCACUGCAUCGACCUCAUGGUGAAGAGAGAAGACAGCUGGCAAAAGAGGCUGGAUAAGGAGAUGGAGAAAAGGCGAAGAAUAGAGGAGGGCUACAAAUCAGCCCUCAACGAACUGAAGAAGAAGUCUCACUUCGGAGGUCCAGAUUACGAGGAGGGUCCAAACAGCCUCAUUAACGAGGACGAGUUCUUCGAUGCAGUUGAGGCUGCUCUUGACAGACAGGACAAAAUUGAGGAGCAGUGCCAAACUGAAAAGACGAGGAUUCAGCGAUCCAGCCCUGUUCCACUUGUCGACGUCUACUCCAGCACUGGAUCCCAUCGAUUCUCUGACAAGGUGGAGGAGAUGGUGCGGAAUCACAUGACCUACUCGCUGCAGGAUGUCGGCGGAGAUGCCAACUGGCAGCUGGUUGUAGAAGAGGGAGAAAUGAAGGUGUACAGGAGAGAGGUGGAGGAGAAUGGAAUUGUUCUGGACCCGCUUAAGGCCACUCAUUCUGUGAAGGGGGUGACGGGUCACGAGCUCUGCCACUACUUCUGGGACACCGCCUACCGAAACGACUGGGAGACCACUAUUGAAAACUUCAACGUCGUGGAGACGUUGUCGGAGAACGCGGCGAUUAUCUAUCAAGCGCACAAGCGGGUGUGGCCGGCGUCUCAGCGGGACGUGCUCUACCUGUCGGCCAUGAGAAAGAUCCUGGCCAACAACGAGAACGACCCCGACACGUGGCUCGUCUGCAACUUCUCCGUGGAUCACGACAAGGCCCAGGUGACCAGCAGGUGUGUCCGAGCCAAAAUCAAUAUCGCCAUGAUCUGCCAGACGCUGGUCAGUCCACCGGAGGGCGAUAAAGAGAUCAGCAGGGACAACAUCCUGUGUAAAAUCACCUAUGUCGCUAACGUAAAUCCAGGAGGCUGGGCUCCUGCCUCUGUGCUCAGGGCCGUGGCUAAGAGAGAGUACCCCAAGUUCCUCAAGCGCUUCACCUCCUACGUCCAGGAGAAAACCGCCAGCAAACCCAUCUUAUUCUGAAGCUCGCAGCUUUCCAUCAUGAAGCUCUGAGGGACACGACAUCUUCAGACGGACCGGUCGACGUUCUGCUGCCACGAAAAAGGAGAGUUCUUGGAAAGGAAUUUAUUCCCACCCCCUCACGAGUCCUUAGCUACAAGUCAGUGGAGUUGGGGAGGAUGUGUGACAAUGGCUCCCUCUGGUGGCUGCAUUCAAUCAGUGAGAGUCGUUUGCGGAAAAAGAACAUUUUGGGUCAUAAUAAAUUAUCCUCAUCAUUUCAAGAGCAGUGGUUUAAAUGAAUAAAUUACUUAAGUGCUGACCAAUCCCCAGAAGUUGUUGCAGCCCAACACCACAGCUGACUCGUGUCAGGCUCCUAUAUAUAUUAUUGUAUAUUAUUAUACUACAUAUCUAUAUAGUAUAUUAAUAUAUAAAUGUACGUAUGUUCAAUAAGAAGUUUGUAAAAAAAAAUACAUAAACUGGUAGAUCUCCACUAGCAAGACUUUAAUAUUUUCGUCAUAUUUUGAGUUGAUCUUUUUUCUUUUCUUCUUUUCCCGAUUAGCAUUCUCUGUAAGCUGCUAAAUAUCGCGAGUAAAACGUGGUUGAUUGAUUGAUUUUGGGAUGACUAUCAUCUUACUUUUUUUUAAGUCCAGAGGGCUGUCAUCUACCUAUGACCCCGAUGAAAGAAGACUUAACCCUUUUUUCCGACUCGGCCUCUCUCAUGAAAACGCCGUCCACCGGCGGCGCCGAUGGAGCGGACGAGCUGAAGAGUUGUUUUUCAUGUAUAUGUAAAUGUACAAAAAAAAUGAGUUUGUUUAGACGAUUUGCUUGGCUUUAUAUUUGUGUCACUGAUAAUGUUUCCAGAGUCAUAGCACAUCCUGUACUUUGAAUGUUGAACGCAAUGUAAAUAAGAGUCACAAACAUUUUCAGCGAAGGUCCUCGAAAAGCGUUCUAUCGGUGCCCAGAUGCCUUAGUGUCGCAGGGAGAUGUAGCUUCCGAUUGGAGAGCGGUCGCUGUAAGUCGCGCCCGUAAAAUCACUAGUGAAGUGCCUCGUGGCUUCUUUCCCUGCUAUUGUCUUUUCUCCAUUUGGAGCGGAUUUCAAAAAAGUGUCCUAUGAUUCAUAUGCUGAGGGCUAGUUGGGGUAUGAUUAGUUCUGCCCGUGUGUGAGGGUUACAUCAGAUUUAAUGUCGGCGUUGCCAUCAUGGCCUCCCUGUAAGUCUGGCUGGUGUUUCUCACACGUGCUACGGUGACUGGCUUCAGUUACAGCAGUGAAACCGUUUCCAUCAGUGUCGUCAGGUCGAGUCCCUGCGUCAUUUCUGUCCAACACUGUUUGCAGUGCUGCAAAGUCCAGCUUGGUUCAUGCUUGAAUUGGUUUUAUAGGAACGUUGUACUUACAAUCAUCCCUACACAUUUUUUUAAGGGGUUUUCUUUAAGUGUUUGACCUUUAUCUAAGAUGAAGUUUUUGAAACAUGCAGGUUUUGUUUAAAUGUUUUAAUCAAGUUCCUCAUUUUCCAAACUAAAUCAUUAGGACCUCUGUCAACUUGUGGACACAUAUCAGCGAUGAUAGUUGUGUUGCCACGUUAUCGGUCUUCACUCUCCAAGCUUUUUGAUUUUAGAGCUCAUAGCUGACAGAUGUGGGUGAGAGACGACGUGAAGCCAGGCGACUCUCUCCGUGAGGAAGAUGCUGAGCUGAAGCUCUCUCAUCCAAAUCCAGACAUUUCUAUUACGAGUUGCGUUCUUAGGGGGUUAAAUGAAAUAGAUUAAAAAAAAAUUGUGUAAAUGAUUGAUUCAUUCUAAUGCUGUGGGGUCAACUUAAAAAAUGUACUGUGACAACAUGGCUCUUCUGCGAUGUUUUGAAAGUGAAAUAAAUAAGUUUAUCCUCCA